UCUUAUAGUCACACAGAGCUGCCACAUAAGGAAAUCAAGUAGUAGCUUUCUCUAUCUGGAAAUGUGUUGUGCAGGAACAGUCCACCACAACCCAGAAGCACCAGGUUCUCCUGUCUAGCUGAAUUAUCUUUGCCAUCCCAGUGCCUGACUGCUAAGAGUAAGUGGAUAAACUCUACUACAUUGAAUAUAGAAAAACAGAAAAUAUGUAUAUUUUUUAAUUCAGUCAAGACCUGAUUGGGAUGUUGAGAAAAAAAAGUUUUCUUGCACGCAAAAAUCAGGUGAUAUGGAGCCCCCAAAUCUAGAAAAUAUAAUUGUAUAUGAAUGGUUGGAUUACAUACAUUAUAUUAAGACCCUUUUUUUAUUCCUUAAUUUUAUCUCACUAAAAUGAGCCUCACUGGGGCACCUGGGUGGUUCAGUCGAUUAAGUGUCUGACUUCGGCUCAGGUCACGGUCUCACAGUUGGUGGAUUCGAGCCCCGCCUCAGGCUCUGUGCUGACAGCUCAGAGCCUGGAGCCUGCUUCUGAUUCUGUGUCUUCUUCUCUCUCUGCCCUUCCCCCACUUGUGCUUGCUCAGUCACUCUCUCUCCCUCUCUCAAAAAUAAACAUUAAAAAAAAUUUUUAAAUAAAAAUAAUAAUAAUAAAAUGAGCCUCAGCCUUUGCUCACAUGUGAUUCUUCAUCUUCAAUCUAGAUGAUUCUAUGCAAGCUGUUCCUCAUAACCACCUGACACUUGACCCACUCAAGCCUUUCUCUGGUCUUUGCCCCACAUUGUAAAAAGAAGUUUCCCUACUUAACCCUAAGACUCUUACUCUGAGCUUCCUAUCAUUCUUUCAGCAAUUACCUAGAAUGCCCUUUACUAUAUGCCAGGCCCUGUAGGUGAUGGGGGUACAAUGGAGCACAAAGCAGACAUGAACCCUUCCUUCCUUUUUUUUUUUUAAUGUGUAUUUAUUUUUGAUAGAGACAGAGCAAGCUAGGAAGGGGGAAAGAGAGAGAGAGGGAGACAGAGGAGGCUCUGUGCUCCCAACUCAUGACCCAUGAGACCAUGACCUGAGCUGAAGUUGGACUCUCAACCAAUUGAGCCACCCAGGUGCCCCCACACUGCCUUCCUUCACAGUCUACUUGGGACAGACUUAAUUAAAACACAAACAAAUGUGAAAUCACAACUGCUAUGGUGUCUUAAAGGAAGAGUUGAGUGUACACAGAAUGUGUAUAAUAGCAAGACUUAACCCACUGUAGAUACUCACCUCUUUCCAGGAUUAGGUCAUUAACAUUCUCUAUUUCCACGUGUUCCCUGAGUGGGAACCCAUUCCACUGCCAUCGUUUCCUUCCCUCUUCAAAGGGAGCCACAGCAUUCCGAACUACACCCGGUGAAAAGAGGAUUUCAAGGAUAUUCCUCAGGAGCUUCAGAUGUUAAUAAGCAAAAAUUAAAACUAUACUUUCAAGUUUUUAAUUAGGUGUGGAAUAAUUGCUAGUGCCCUGGAGAAGAUGUCGGUGCUAAACUGUUCUACCAAAUUACUGAUACUGGAAAAAAUGCUGAAGAGUCAUUUUCCUGAGUCACUCAAGGUUUAUGGAGCUGUGAUGAACAUAAAUCGUGGGAAUCCCUUUCAAAAGGAAGUGGUAGUGGAUUCAUGGCCAGACUUCAAAGCUGUUAUCACCCGGCGACAGAAAGAGGCUGACAUGGAUAACCUGGACCAUUAUACUAAUGCCUAUGCUGUGUUCUACAAGGAUAUCAGGGCUUACCAACGGCUGUUGGAAGAACAUGAUGUUAUCAACUGGGAUCAAGUUUUUCAAAUACAAGGGCUGCAGAGUGAAUUAUAUGAUGUUUCCAAAGCUGUUGCCAAGUCAAAGCAGUUAGAUGUAAAGCUAACCUCCUUCAAGGCCGUUCGUUUUUCUCCUCUUUCAACUCUGCUGAACACCAGUUCCCUAAUGGGUUCUUCCCCACAGCUGACUUACCUGAGUGUUGCUGACGCUGAUCUUCUCAACAGGACUUGGUCGCGGGGUGGCAAUGAACAGUGUCUCCGGUACAUCGUGAACCUCAUCUCUUGCUUCCCCAGUGUAUGUGUCCGCGAUGACAAGGGAAACCCAGUCUCUUGGUCUCUCACAGAUCAGUUUGCCACCAUGUGCCAUGGCUAUACCUUGCCAGAGCAUCGCAGAAAAGGUUAUUGCAAGCUGGUGGCCCUCACACUGGCCAGGAAGUUACAAAGCCAGGGGUUCCCCUCUCAGGGUAAUGUCCUGGAUGACAACGUGGCAUCCAUAAGCCUCCUGAAGAGUGUCCAUGCUGAGUUCUUGCCUUGUCGUUUUCAUAGGCUUAUUCUCACCCCUGCAACUUUCUCUGGUCAAAUUUACCUGUAGCCCAUUGAAACUCCAGGAAUUUUCUUCCUUUCCCUGAACACAGAUAUUCCCAAGCUGCCAAUGAGGGGGAAAUUCAACCUGGAAUCAGAAGAAUCUUGGGUUAUUGAAAAGAUUCUGGAAAAGAUACACAGGAUCAGCCUGAGAAGCCUUAAAUCUUCCUGUCUCAGGUUUCUACAGUAAAUAACUAGGGGUCAGAGAUAGCUAUGGCUGAGAACAGGAUCAUUAUCCUCCUCUGGGAUCCACUGCAGGAAAAAGGUUCUAAAUCCAGCAAUUCUUAGCACAACUGCAGAAAUGACUGCAUGAGAACAGUGAUUUAACAUGUGAGCAUGUGGCUACAGCUUUAUUCUUGCCCCUCCGGCUUCUGCAGUGUAUUUUUACAGCCAUACCAAUUCCCUACUACCAUAAAGAACACUCCCCUUGCCUGCCUCUGCUGUGUCUCCCUAAACCGUUCCUACCACUUCUCACCCAAGUUGUCUGUAGAAUAUCCUGCGUUUCCCCCUUUAAUUACUGGUUCUCCAUUUCUGCUUACAACUCCAGCCUAUGGUUCUUCCCUGGGAAUGUUCGAAUGCAGUGGUUCUCACAUUUUAGUGCACUUCAGAAUCACCUGGAAGGCAGGUUGCGACACAGAUGGUGGAGUGUCUCCCCCACAACCCCUGAUUCAGUACCUCUGGGUAGGGCCUGAGAAUUUGCGUUUCUAAAAAGUUCCCACUGCUCAGUUGUCUUGGAUUGAGGAAUGAAGAUGUGGGCAUUUUAAAUACUAGAAACAGAGGAUGUCUGUGGGUGUGAAUGCAGAUGCGCAUAUAACCAUUUUCACAGAUACAUCUAUAUAUACAUUCCUUUCAUAUUUAUAUAUGCAUAUGUAUAAACUCAUAGAAUUUUGAUAAGCUGAUAAACUUGCAUUGGAUAUGAAAAAUUUAAGGAUCGGGGAAAAUAAAUUAC